AUGGACCAUCCUGUAAAGUUGGAAACACCUCCUUCGAGGCCUUUACUGAUCACCCAAAAGAGUGUAACACGCUCGUCUUCGGUCAGAUCAAAGGGUAUAAACUUCAAUACCGUGUCACCUACGCCUGGUGCCAGCAGAUCAAGAAACCAGGACCACAGUCGGUCGCUUCCGAGAGAUCACACUGCCACCACUCCAAGACUAUCUUUUCGUGAUACGGGAUCGCCACGUCCUGAUCCUGCUACGUUGAUAGACCGUCCGUUGCCGCUGCAUCAAGAACUUCGUACAUUGAACAUCGACGACCAGCUACGGCUCUUGGCCCUGAAGGAAAUGGCUGUGGUGGCCAUAAACGAUAGCAUAAACACUUUAAAGCUGAAACUUGAUACUACGCAGAAGGAUUUGCAGCAGCUUAGAAAUGUCAUUCAGAAGUCCUUGUAUAAAGAGGUCCAUUUACAGAAACACGCUCCGAAUCGCCAGCAGGGCCUGUCGGGGCUGUCGAAGAACCUACAGAGACAAUCUGUACCUCCUCCAGAAGCUGGUGAUCACAAUUCGACCAUCUGGUCCAAUCUUUCAAAACCUAUAAACUUCCUACAACAAUUAGAUACCAUGAUCCAGUCAGAGAUGGAAAAGUCUUUGGGUGGUCCGACUGAACCCCAACGAGAGCAUAAAAGGAGAUUACCUCAAGAACCGCAUAAACCUUCGAAUCUACUGAAGCCGUCAAACGACACGCAUGAAAAGCUUCCUGUCAAUCUUGACAAAUACUUCCCUACCCAAGAUCCAAAGUAUAGGGACACAGAUGACAUGUUUCAGGCAGUAUCAUCUUCUUUGUGGUCAUUUGUAAGUGAAGUCAAGACGAACAUGAUGUCCACACUAUCAGAUAACCAAGAAUCUCCACAAAAUCUGGUGGAUAAAGGAGGGACUGACGAAGAUGAAGAAUCCAUCAUGAACCUUACAGAGGUGACCGAACCAAGCUUUUCAAAAGAGGGAAGCGACGAUGAACAAGACGCCCUAGAUUUAUCGAUGUACUCGUCAAUGCGGCAGCUGAGAAAACAUUAA